AUGGUACAAGCACGGCUGUUAUUUGCAAUUGCUCUGCAUGCGCGUGGUGAAGCUAUGGAAGCUGCAUGUAUGAUGCAGUCAGCCGUGGAGCUAGCCAUCGAGCUCAAGAUGAACCUGAGAAACUUCGCAGCAGUGAAUGGCGGCGGCAGUCCUAUCCUAGAGGAGAGCCUUAGAAGAACGUGGUGGGAGCUCUACGUGAUGGAUGGCUAUAUGGCUGCUCUUCAUAAACAGCCUUCUUUCAGGAGCAAUACGGUCCCUUCAGAUGUUUUGCUGCCCUGUGAAGAAGCAGUGUAUGCAAGUGCAGGUUGCUUGCCACCGCCGCAUUCCCUCGAGCAAUUCGAUAUGCGACUCUUUGCAGACGAGGACUUACAGUUCUCAUCGUUCGCAUACCGCAUUGAAGCUGCUCGAAUACUGGCCAGAGUAUUGUCAGUCUCAGGGACUCACAACGAAGACCAGGUCCAAGUGGUCGACAAUGCAUUGGCUGGAUGGAUGCACAAUCUACCACAGUCUAAAACAGAUGUGGUCAACGUCUACAAUAUGGUGGAUGAGAUGCUUUUCCAGGGACACAUGAUCAUCCACUGCGCUACGAUCUAUCUUCAUCUCCCUCGCAGUGAUCUGCUUAACACACUUCCGGUCACGGCCAAUAUUGUAUGCGCGGAAAGGGGUAGACACAUGACUCCUGCAUCUACACAACACUCACACUCCGUCAAGGCAACCAAUGCAUCUAAGGAGCUCUCAAACUUGGCUGCUGUCCGCGUUCCAGUUCAGAAGCAUACUCCAUUCUUCGUAUGUGGGCUUGUUCUUGGCGCGAUCGUUCAAUUGUCCGCCUGCAGUGCCAAUGCAGGCACUGAGCAGCAUCGCGACCGAGUCACCCUCAUCAUUGGACUACUCAAGUCGCUGAGCCGAAAUUGGGCCAUCUCCGGCCAUGUGCUCCAGCAAGUCAAGAAGGUGGCUUCAGAAGUGCUGCGUACAAGCACUCUCGCAUCACCAGACGUCAGCCAACACAAGAACGGAACAGAGUACGACAGUGGUAUCAGCAUGAAAAACAGCUCCGAAAACACCUCAUGGCUAGCCAUGCUGAACAUGGUUGAGAAUCAAGAAUUCCACGGUCUCAUGCACGUCGAGCCGAUCUACCCUGGCUCGGUCUAG